UUGAUUUUCAAUAGAAAUGUCAAUCACAAAUAGAAGCAAAAUCUUAAAUGUCAAAAAUUACUAUAGAUGAUAAUGGAACUAACAUAUUUUCUACUAGGAUGAGCAAGAUUACCAAAAUACAGAUAAAGAUUCGGUUUCGGUAUCGGUUUAGAGAUUUGGUGAAAUCGGUUUCGGUACAGAUUGGUUCGGUACGGGAAACCAAUUAUUAUUAUUACCGAAAAUUUAGUUUGUUAUCAAACAUGUUACGAUCUUGUUAUUCUUGUUGGUUGUUAGUUUGCAAUGGCAGAGUUACUACGUAGAUACAUACUCGGUAGAAUUACAAUCCUGGACAAGGAUUAAAUAAAUACUCAAUAAAAUUAUAUAUAAUUUGGAAAAAUGUCUACACGGCUUUACAUGCCCAACAAAUGAAUUUGUAUAGGUAUUACCUACUUUGAAUUCUGGUAGAUAAUGGUGUGAGUCGGUAGGCUUAAACACUUUAUCCCGACCGAAGUGUUUCAAUGAAUGUUUUGUGACCUGUACAAUAAUAAUAUAAAAAUUGAUUUUAGUUAAAUUUUGACACUAUCCCAGUUCAAUAAACAUUUUUGCUAUCUAAUUCACAAUUAAUCUAACCAGGAAAAGAAGUUCCCAGUAGUUUUUAUCCACACCUUCAACAGCACCUGCAUGCGUGCACAUUUUGUUUAUAUUCUACUAGCUAGUUUCGUGAUUUCCAAAAGUACUACUAUAUACACGAAUGUAUCUGAGCAUUAACUUCAUAUUUACAGCAUAAUUAUUUCAUCCAAAAUGAACCUCAAAAAGUUAAAAUUCAGUAAUGGCUUAUGGUCUACAUUUCGUAGUCUAGAUUACGUGCAGGGCUUCACCAUUAUACGGUGAGGUGUUCCUUGAUGUUGAAUACUAACUGACUAUUUUAAAUAAAAAAAGAAAAAAAUAGGCAAGGAGGGAUGAAACCAAAAUACCGGUACCGUACCCAUGUAAUUAGUACCGUAUUCCGUUCUCACUUUUUUCGGUUUUGGUAUGAUUCGGUUAGGUUCCGUAGCGAAAACCAUCCCUAUUUUCUACUGUUACUUCUACUUAGUCAAUAAUAAUAAUAAUAGUAAUAAUAAUACUCGUAAUAACAAUAAUGUUUGCUGAUUAUGGUGGCUAUAUAGAGACGAGAGCUAAGCCUUCUACCUUCCCUUUCUCCUCUUCCACCUCCGCCUCCCCCUCGCAGCCCUCAUCGUCCGUCCAAGUGUCACCAUUAUGCCGUCGCUUUGAAAUUUCUGAGAUUCAGAUAGCAACAAAUUACUUUGACAAAUCCUUACUAAUUGGUAAGGGCGGAGGUUCUGGAAAAGUUUACAAAGGUGAUAUAAUCAGUGGAUCGACUCUUAUGGGUGUUGCAAUUAACCGAAGGAAUUCAAGGUCCCUUGAAGCAGCAAAAGAGUUUCGUGCCGAACUUGAGUUGCUUCCUACGUUGCGUCACUGUAAUAUUGUGCCUUUGAUUGGCUAUUUCUUGCAAUUAUGGGGAAGAGAUGAUCCUGGUAUAUGAAUAUAUCUCCAAUGGAACACUCAGCGAACAACUCCAUGAACUUGGCACCCCUCUUUAUUGGAUUCAACGACUCAAGAUCUGCAUUGGUGCCGCUCGCGGAUUGCACUAUCUUCAUAGUGGUACAGGGAUUGAGGUUGGGGUCAUACCUCGGGAUAUCAAGAGCUCAAAUAUUAUGCUACAUGAAAGCAGGGCACCUAAAUUUACUGACUUUGGGUUGGCGAUGAUAGGCCCAAUGUACGAUCAGCCCUCGACUAAUGUCGACACAAUUGUUGAAGGCACUUUUGAAAAUUUAGAUCCCAAUUAUUUCUCAUCUGAAAAGCUCACAAUAAAGUCAGACGUGUAUGCUUUUGGGGUGGUAUUGUUAGAAGUGUUCUGUCGGGGUUCAAUUGAUAAUUACAGGAUUACAUGGUUUCAAGAUUGCAUCAAAAAAGGCCAAUUCAAGCGUAUAGCUGCUUUUGAUAUACGCCAACAAAUAGCCCCGAAAUGUUCCAAGGCGUUUGCACAAAUUGUUGAGAGAUGCUUGCACCGGGAUCCAAAGCAACGCCCAACCAUGGCCGAGGUUUUGUUCAGUCUUGAGUUUCUACUGAUCAAACAAGAGAAAUAUAACGAUUCCAAACAGGAUACACGAUUUGAAGAAUUCGACGGUAACGGUGAGGGAGAUUUAACUGAAUCGGUUAUGCUUGAAAGAAUUGUAUUAUUUACAUGGCACACGCACAAUAUUUGUCGUUGUUUCGGAAUAGGAAUUUAGUUUACAAAGUUGGUCCCUUUAGUAAUUGUGUUAUUUUUGGCCCCCGAUAUCUGUAUUUUAAAUUGAAAUAUUUAUAUAUCUAUACACCUUAUACUAAAACAAGAAUGAGAUUUUUUAAAGAGUUAA